UCGCGUAGUAGUGCGCACUGGACGAGAAAAUUAUUUGUCAGUAGUAAAGCGCCGACUAUGCAACCUGGUCUAAAAAAAGUUCCUAAAAUACAAAAUUAAUGUGUGAAUUAUCAUAAUUUUGUCCGUGCACCCUAUCAUCAUUUCGGGACAUUCAACAGUUUAGGCGUUUAUAAAUAGUUACAGGUUAAAUUGCUCUGUGUAUGUUCCGAAUUGGUUUACGAGACCCUAGGGUGGUAAUGUGCGACCGCAAAAUCAUCGGUAAAAUUAAGGGCAUUCGAAUGUACUGACCGGUUGUUUUGAAAAGCAUGCGAGCGUUUUGGGUGCCCCUUUUAGGGAUCGUCUUUUUGUUAUUGAAUCCCGGAUUUGCAAAGGACCAAGAUGAUAUUCAGAAGUCACAGUUUGAAGCUGCCUUUCAAGGACAUUGUAACCAUGGCAGUCCAUGUGAACAGAUUUGUUUUGAACUUCAUGACGGGAUGUACGAGUGCGACUGUCGAGAUGGCUUUAUACUUAGAGCCGAUGGGUACAGUUGUGCCGAUAUGAAUUUUACUGUCUCCACACAAUCGAUAGAUGAUCUUAAAUUGGACCUAAUUUAUGCUAAAGAUGCCGAAAUCGAAGCUGUAGAAAUUUCCUUCCCCAACGCGAGCUCGGAUUCCAAUGAAAUUUUACAAAACUGGUCCUCGUUUCAAGCAGCAUCUGGAACAAAUUUCACCACGCUCGGUCCCCGCCUAGAACAAAAAGUUAUUUCGGAAAGUUCUAUUAAACUAAAGUCAACUCAACCGAUAUCAGCUAUUAGAACAUGUCACUUGGAUUGUGGGCCAGGGGGCGGCUGUCAUAUCGAAGAAGAUGCGGAGUAUCCCAAAUGUCUUUGUCCCCUAGGUAGAGGUGGAGACAAGUGUGAGAAAGAUAUGGAAAUACAGUCCCCUCGCUUCACCGGGUUCAGUUGGCUGGCUUUUCCAGCACUAAGGGGUGCAUAUAAACACGUUCAGCUUAGCCUGGAGUUGCGGCCAGAAGCAUAUGAUGGCAUUUUUUUCCUAACUGGAGAAAGAGAUGAUAUGGCGGGAGACUUUAUGGCACUACUUUUACAUCAGGGCUUUGUUGAAUUUCGAUUUGAUUGCGGCUCUGGUGUCGGGAUAGUAAGAUCAGACGAAACAAUUAUCCUAAAUCAAUGGAAUCAUAUUACGUUAUAUCGCCAUAGAUGGGAUGCUUGGCUACAACUAAAUAAUGGAAAACACGUACAGGGGAGAAGUAAAGGCCUAUUUUCAAGAAUCACGUUUCGUGAACCCCUUUUCAUUGGAGGAGCCGGUAAUAUGACAGGCCUCGAUGAAAAACUGCCAGUAUCCAAAGGCCUAAAAGGAUGCAUGCGUCAUUUGGAAGUAAACGAUCAUCUCUAUAAAUUUGCACUUGAUCCAAGUGGAGAAGCUUUUAAAGGAUAUGGAAUAGAGGAGUGUACAGCAGACAAAUGUAGUAAAGUGCCUUGUCAACAUGGUGGAAAAUGUCUUACAAGUGAAUCCUCCGCCGUAUGCUUAUGCCCUUUGGGGUUUUCUGGAGACUUAUGCGAAAUUAGGGUAGAUCUUCAGGUUCCAUCAUUCAAUGGUUCAAGCCACUUACGAUAUCGUGGAUUAGAAGAAUCAGCUCUUACUUGGUUAGAUCUAGAAAUUAACUUUAAACCAACCACUCCAAAUGGUUUAAUCAUAUAUAAUGGACACAGAAUAGAUGGGACCGGUGAUUUUAUGGCCUUAACACUUAACGAUGGAUUUGUCGAAUUUAUGUACGAUCUGGGCACUGGCUAUGCUAUUGUUCAAAGUACUAAUAAAAUCGAGCUUAGUGAGUGGCACAUGAUUCGAGUAUCUCGGACUGGCCGCUUAGCUAUCUUAACUGUCGACAACCAAUUUCCUGUAGAAGCAUUGGCUCCUGGAGCAUUUACUCAAUUGUUUUUACCUCAGAACAUGUAUCUUGGCGGCGUCCCUAAUUUCGAAUCAGUCUCCCCAAAGGUAACAGUUAGGUCGGCGUUUGUUGGAUGCAUCCAAAAGGUUCAGAUAAAUGGUCGACCUUUUGCAAUAUUAGCAGAGGCACUGGGGGGUGCGAAUGUCGAUAAUUGUCCGCAUCCAUGUGUAGCAAGGCCUUGUGGUGAAGAUGGUGUUUGCAUACCCGAGAUGGAUUAUUUCACAUGCAGAUGUAAGCCCGGCUACAGAGAUCACCUGUGCUCUCGAGGGCCUCCUUCCUUUAACGGCGUAGACAGUUUUUUUCACUUAAGUGAUUCAACUACUAUGGAAGCCAUAUCGAGCGACCCUUUGGACAUAAAUGUUCGCUUUAAAUCCCAUUCUGAGUCAGGCCUUUUAUUAUGGGCUUACACAGGAAGCAGCUUUGUGUCGCUAGGACUAAAACAUGGGGCACUAGAAAUGAGAUAUACGUCAGGAUACAGAGAGGAUGAAAUGUGGGUUGUUCACAAUUCAACCACGGUAAAUGAUGGCUUGUGGCAUAGAAUUAAAGCUGUAAGGGAUGGAACGACGGGCCUACUAGUAGUCGACAAUGGAGCGGCAGUAACAAGACAGUCAGUCCAAAUUAGAUCACCCAAUAAACCAUUCGCCCCAUCACAGGCGGAGGGGCUAUUUUUAGGCGGAAUGCAUCACAGCUUAAUUGGCCCUGUAACAGGAUACAGGGCCGGCAUUAGGGGGUGUAUAGCAGACUUAGUUAUAAAUAGCGAUUAUCAUUUAGGUGUUAUCAAUAGAUCAGCUAUAAGACACAAUAUAGGGGAAUGUGAAGUGUGAACGCUUUUCUAAGUAAUAAAGUUUCUUGUGUGCAUAGUUCGUUAUUUUCAAAAGAAUAAAUUAUGUACAUAAACUGAUCAAAGAAAAUAAAAAAAAUUGAUGCUGAAACCCACGUGAAACUUUAAUACUCGAACUAAUUUUUUUGUAAAUAAUUGAUUUUGAGUAUUUACGGUUUUUGAGUGACAUAUAAUCUCUUACCAAAAACUACUAUCGUUGAUUGAAUAUUUGGACGAUACGCAAUCCUGUGUUAUAAAAUGUAACCAUUCGACUAUCGAUUGCCGAAUGCCAUUCAGUUUUCUUUACCAGCUGCCGUUGCGGCAAAUCCAGGAACGAUUCAUUUAAUAUGCUGGCUACUUUGAGUGAGGUUUUUAACGACGGUGGAAUUUCCGGUUAUGCGGCUGUGCUGGUUAUUUUUUUAAGACAAAGGUAAUGGUACCAACUACGCUUUUUUUUACAUACAAUACCAUGGUGUCAUUUAGGUGGUGAAAUGAUAUGUGAUGUACUGAAGUGUAGAGGCGUGCUGAAAUUUCUUACAAAUUAAAUUUUAUAAGCAAAUAAUUAAUUAAUAUCUGUAUUGUUAUGACGAAUUUAUAAUGAGUUGCUUAUUUUAUUGGGUAUUACGUCAUUUAUAGGAAAAAUCAAUAAUUUAAGUUCAUAUUUCUUUUAAAUACGUGAAUAAGUCUAUUUUCUUCUUCUUUUCAAUUUUUGAGCGUGUGAGAUAGUAAUUUCUAAAUUGAUUUUUGCUAUAAGUGACGUAAUACCCAAUAAAAUAAAUAACUCAAAUAAUUAAUUAUUUACCAAAACCUGCUUUUAAGACAAAAAUGAAUAAAUUUAAAAAAAUAUAUAAAAAGCUAUUUUUUACAAAAUUACCAAAAAAGUUUAAUACAAGUUAUAAUUCAAACAACAAACAUGUAGUUUACCCCAUUCUGUGGCCAAAAGUAUCAAGUUUUUAAAUAAAAAGACUAUUGCACUUAAUUUAUUAAAAACUAAUAUACAAAAAAUAUGUGCGACAAAUUUUAAAAUAUAAGUAGGUUCCACGUAAAUAUAAAGAACAGUUGAAAUAACUCAUAGGACUUAAUAUCUAUAAUAACUUCUUAGUCAACAAUUUUUUGUAAAAAGUAACCCAAAUUGGCAUGUGAUUCAAUAUCUGAAAAACUGUGGAGCGUAGUGAGGUUUAUAAAGUACAACUUUUUUGAAUGAAAAAUAUUGAGAAAUAAACACCCUUAACUGAAAUCAAAAUAAAAUUAAAAGCAAAAAAGUUAAAGGUAUUUUGAGUGAGAGUAGUAAUAGCACUCUAUAAAACAUGAAAAGUAGGCCACACUUUAAGUUGAUGUACAAGCAAAUCUUUAAUUACUAAUUGUUAUAACUAUACUUAAAAGUAGGAAAGGUUGGUAACAAAAAAAAAACAGAAAUUUUGUUUAAGAGCACUUAUUACGAUUAUACAAUAUGUCCAAAAUAAGGAUGAGCAGUAUGAGGAUCUCUGAAACGUUAGAAGAUACAAGGUGGUAUAAUUAGAGGAAAGUUGCAUAAUAUAGUUUGCUUUUAUAAAACAAUAUUAUAAAUUCUAAAUACUUUCUAAAUUGUGGGAAAAACUUAAAUUUGGCAAAAUCGUUUAAAAUUUUUUUCUGGCAACAUACAAGGUGAUUGACGACCAAUGGCACGUUAGCCAUAUAUAGAAAGCGGAACGUAACAUUUUCCUACAAUUUUGGCAACCAUGGUAACAGACAAUGCUCUAUCGGUCUAAUAUUACAUUCUCAACACUGCAGCGUUGCCGCUUUUAUAGAAAAAUGGUAACAUCUUUGAUUUUUAAAUAUAUUUUUAGAUAUUUUGAUUCCCUGCUUCAUAUUGAGUCUUUUUUAAAUAUGCUUCUCUAUACCUAUCUUUUGCGGUAAUAAAAAAUGCGUUUUGUUUGUUAAAACCAAGGAGUAACUAAUUAUUUAUUUCUUAGCUAUUUAAGUUUUUUUGUCUACUUUAAGAGACUAUCUUGAUUAACUUUAAUCUUAGUCUGAUUCAAUUAAUUACAGGGUCGUCAAAAACUACAUUAAAAUCUUUCAUUUACUAAAAUGGUGACGAGUACAUUUUUUUAAAUGAGACACCCUAUAUUUUAUUUCAUAUUCUAAUAGACAUCUUAAAUACCAUUAAUUUAAAAUAAUAUAUUCCUAUACCUAAGUAGCCACGUU